AGAAGCUGACCCGGGUUCUGGAUCCCAGCCGCCAUGGGAGGAUCAACUUCAAAGACUUUUGUCACGGAGUGUUUUCUAUCAAAGGCUGUGAGGAGAUCCUGAAGAUGUCUGUUGGUCCUCGCAGUCUUGGUCCGUCAGCUGUCACCGACAACGGAUAUAUUUACCAGAAUGGUGAGGCCAAGCUGGGCCCUCCCAUCAUCAUGUGUACACGGCCCUACCCAGAAUGCAGUUCGUACGGCGAGCGUGCCGACUGCGAGUGCGACAUGGACAGCAGCAUGGAGAACUCCUGCAGCGCCGCCGGUUUGAAGCCCGUUCAGAAGGAGAGGGAGGAGCAGUUUGAAGACUACGGUGAGGGGGAAGACGUGGAGUUCACUCCCAGCAGCCCCUGUCCUGAAGAGGACCCCCGAUCCACCGGCUUCUCGGUCUGCAGUGCUGCUCAGACUCCUCAGAGGAUCCAGCAGCUGUACAACAGCGAGCUGCUGGAUAUUUACUGCUCUCAGUGCUGCAAGAAGGUCAACCUGCUGAACGACCUGGAGGCUCGGCUGAGGAACCUCAAGGCCAACAGCCCCAACAGGAAGAUCUCCAGCACGGCGUUCGGCCGCCAGCUGUUUCAGGCCAACCACAGUGUGUUUGGCUCCAGUCGGGCCAGCAGCACCGAGGACCUGUUCACCGACAGCAUCGACUCCUGUGACCUGGACAUCACCGAGAAGGUCAGCUAUCUGGAGAAGAAAGUGACGGAGCUGGAGAGUGACUGCCUGGCCAACGGAGACCUGAAGUCCAAACUGAAGCAGGAGAACACACACCUGGUCCACCGGAUCCACGAGCUGGAAGAGCAGGUGAGGGACACGGAGACGAGGGCGGACCAGAGUCUGGAGGAGGAGCUGAAGAGGCACCGGGAGGCCUGCAGUAAGAUGGACAGAGACCGGAACACAGAGAUAGACCUGCUCUGCAACAGGAUACAGCAGCUGGAAGACGAGAACGGAGAGAUGAAGAUAAACGUGUGCCGGCUGAAGUCCCAGACAGAGAAACUGGACCAGGAGAAGCAGAAGAUGACGGACAAGCUGGAGGACACCAGUCUGAGGCUGAAUGACGAGAUGGACCUGUACCGGAAGAUCAUGGACAAGCUGUGGCAGAACCGCCACGAGUUUAAGAAGGAGAAAGAGGCCAUGCAGGAGCUGAUUGACGAUCUGCGGCGCGAGCUGGAGUACCUGCAGCUGUUCAAGCUGGAGAUGGAGCAUCCGGGGAAAGGAAAGGGUCUGGCUGCCAAGACCCGCGAGAUGGAGAUGGAGCAUGAAGUGAAGAGGCUGAAACAGGAGAACUUCAAGCUGCGGGACCAGAACGACGACCUGAACGCUCAGAUCCUCAGUCUGAGUCUGUACGAGGCUAAAAACCUGUUUUCCUGCCAGACCAAGGCUCAGUGCCUGGCAGCCGAGAUCGACAACGCCUCCAGAGACGAGCUGGUGGACGCCCUGAAGGAGCAGGAGGAGAUCAACCUGCGUCUGCGGCAGUACAUGGACAAGAUCAUCCUGGCCAUCCUCGACCACAACCCCUCCAUCCUGGAGAUCAAGAAUUAAACACACAUUCACACACACAUUCACUCACACACACUCAUAUUCACCACAGUCCAGUGUCAGUGUGCUAAUCACACCGUCGUGCUUCACUCCACACGUGGAAGUUGUGUUCACACAGUUUUUAGUCCUGAUUUCUAAAAGAUGGAGGAUCUUCCAGCAGAGGAUCAUGGGUAACAGAGCGACUCGGAGUCAGAGCAGGGCCUGGUGGUUUAAAGCUGGGAGUCCCUGGUGUGUGUGGUGGAGCUGCUCGGCCAUGGAUGUUCUCACACACCACACACACUCACUCAACACACACACUCAUGUUUCCACCUCCGCUGGUCAGACUCCUGCCGGCCCACAGCUUUCUACACACCGUGCCAAAGCGCUGCGCUUCGUGUGUGUGUGUGUGUGUGUAAUGACCCAGAAGCUCACCAGGUGUGAAGACACAGCCCCACAGUCUGAGUGUCCAGGGGGACAUUUACACCUGGACGUCCACACCUUUGAGUCCGUCUGUGGACGUGAGCUGCAGCAGUUCUCUUCAGUGUGAUGUGGUGGAGCUCCAGUCUGAUUCUAUUCCUGUCCCUUCAGUUUGACACGUCUCUGUGAGGGACACGUCGGCUGGGUUUAUGGAGACAUCCUGGUGCUGGUGACGGAUGUCCUCUUCAUGCCAGAGGACAGUCGCUGCGUCCUUCAUCCUCUAAAGGCAGCAGCGGCUGUCUUUGCUCUUUAUCCUCUACAAGCAUCUGAAAAGGUUUUCUGUUGGAGACGCAUCGCAUGAUAAACCGUGAGACGCUCGCUCUCGUCUCCAGUCUGUCCUCAGUCCAGCAGACGACGCUGCUGCAGGGACUGACAGAAACCAGGAGGCUGGGACAAGGACAGGCUGGACGCUGCAGUGCUGACGGACAUUACUGCCGGAUGGAGUGAGAGACAGGAGGACGGUCCAUGUCAGCCAGUCAGCUGGUCCAACCUGUCUCUGUCAUGUCCUCAAACCAGAGACUCUGUAACUGGUCCAGGGUCAGAGCAGGGCCGACUCACAGCAGAGAAGGA